AUGAAUGAAGAAAUAGAAAAUAAAUUUGAUCUUAUAGAUGUAGAACCCAAAUUUCUUGAAUUUUUUUAUGAUUCUAUAGAAGAAAUUGAUGAAUUUCUAAAAAAUAAAGAAAAUAAUCAAGUACAAAAAAAAAGUUUGAAAAUAAAAAACAUUUGUACGAAAACUCAAAACAUAAAAAUAUUCGAAUCAGAAUCAAGAUUUCUAAAAAUUAAAGGAUUAAAAAAAAAAAAAUUGGCUCCAGGAACGAGUGAAAAAAUAUUAGUAGAAUUUUCUUUUUAUAAUUUAGAAUUAGGAGAAUAUAAAAAUGAUAAAAAAAAAAAUUUAUUAAGUAUACUAAACAAUAUAGAAUGUUCAGUUUUCUUAAAAAUACAAAGUGAAUAUUCUACUUUAAAUAUACCUAUUUAUAUUAAAAAAAAAGUUCCUCUUUUUGUUUAUGAUAAUAUUGUAAAUUUUGGUACGUGUAGAAAUAAUUUAACAUAUUCUUUUUCUUUAAAAAUAAAAAAUGUUGGUACAAAAAAGGGGACGUUUACUAUAUCUGAUAAUGAUACGUUAAAAAAUAAGAAUAAGAAUAAGAAUAAGAUGAAAGACAAAAAUAUAAAUGUUCGAUUUAAUAAUAACUUAAAAAAAAAUGUAAAAGAAGAAAGCGAUAAAGAAGAAAAAAUAAAAGAUAUAAAUAACAAUUUAUUAAUUGAAUUUGAUAAAAAGUCUCUUGAUAUAAAUAUAAAUGAAAGUCAAACAGUAAAUAUUAAAAUACAAAAUAGAAAUGAAGAAAAAAUUCAUUGUGAAUAUAAAGUCUUAGUAGGAGAAUAUAGUUAUUUUACAAAAAAACCUAAAAAUAUUAUCAUAAUGGCUAUUUUUGUUAAUAGUCAAACAUCUUUUCUUUUUGAAAAUAUUAUAACUAAUCAAAUAAAUUUGAAUUAUUUAUAUUAUGGAAGCAAAAUAAAAUUUGCAGGAAAAAUAAAAAAUGAAAAUAAUUUCUCUAUAUUAUGUAAAUAUCAACUAAAUAAAAUUAAUAUAUUUUAUUCUAUGAAUAGUAUUCAGAAAUACACCCUUGAUAAUAAUUUAGAUGUUAAUCAAUUAAAACAUGAUGUUUUUAAUAAUUUAAAUAAUGAAUUAAAUGAAGAAGAAAGAAAAGAAAAAGAAAAAUUAUAUGCUAUUUCAAAAAAAUACUUAAAAAUAGAUGAAAAUAUAAAUAUUAAGUUAAAUGAAGAAAAUGGAUAUUUAGUUAAAAAAUUAAGUUAUAGUGAUAUUCUAUUUGAAAUUCAAUCAAAAUAUGAUAUUGAAUUUUUAGAAAAAAUAAAUAGGAAUACAUCUUAUUUAUUAAACAUUCCUAUAAUUAUAGAAUUAACCUUGUACAUUAAUAGUAUAGAUAAUGAAGAAGAAAAAAAAGGAAAAUAUAAAAAUAAUACUAAUAUAAUAAAACAAGAAAAUAAAGAAGAAAGUAAAGAAGAAAUAAAAUUAUUUGUAAUUUUUUGUCUUACUUUUCCAUCCUUACUAUCCAAUAAUUAUUUCAUAAAUUAUGAAAGGGUAUCAAUUAAUGAAGGAAAAACUAUAAUAAUAGAAUUAACUAAUAAAAAUAAAUUUUUAAAAAUUAAUUAUUGCUUUUCAAAAAUACCUUUUAUAACUUUAAAUAAAAGAGAAGGAAUCAUAAAUCCUCUAAGCAAAGAUAUUAUUACGCUUAAAUUAAAAUGUGAUACCAUUAAAAAUAUUAAUGAAUAUCUUUAUGUAUUCUUUUGUAAUAAUUUAUAUUUUUUUGUUUUAUUAAUAAAUGCUGAAGUUAAAACAGGGUAUCCAUUAAAUAAAGAGUUAAAUGUUCUAAAAACAAAACAAAGAAAAAGCUUAAACGACAAAUUUAUUGAUAUUCAAAUAUCUCAUACAAAUAAAAAUGAUGAAAUAUAUGAACAAAUCAUAAAUAAUUUAUCUUUAGAAAAAGUUGACAGAAAUUUAUAUAUGAUUGAUGGGAAGCUAAACAAAUAUAAUUAUAAUGAAAAUUUUAUGAAUUAUUUGAAAAAUAAUAAAAAAAAAUAUAAUGAUAUACUAAAAUAUAUGUAUGAAAAACGAAAAAAAAAAGAAAUAGUAAAUAGUAAUAAUAAAAUAAAUGAUGAAAAUAAAUUAAAAGAUAGAAUUAAUAAAGUAAUAAAAGAUAUAAACAUAUAUGUUAAUGAUACAGAAUUAACUAAAAUAAGUAAUACGUGCAUUCAACAGAAAAUAUAUGAAGAGAGAAGAAAAAAAUAUUUUGAUUUAAAAAAGCAAAAUAUAAAAAUGUGCAAAAAUGAAAGUAUAGAUGAAACGAAUUUGUUCAUUGGACAGAAUUUAGAAGAAAAUCAAUUGAAUAAUAUUACAUUUCCUAAAAUUAUUGAAUUUAAUAAUGUUUUGUUAAAUAAUCAAUAUAUACAACAUUUUUAUGUGUGUAAUAAUAAUAAUGAUUGCAAUAUAAAAGUAAAGUUCACUCACAGUGAUAAUAUAGUUAUUGACGAUAAUUUAGUAGUCAUAAAAAGCAACUCAAAAAAAAAACUAAAUAUAAAAUUUAAUUUAAAAUCCUUAUUAAAAAUAAAAAAAUAUGAUCAGCUACCAAAUAAUUCUUUUUAUAAUAUUCCUAAUGAUAUUUUUAAUGAAAAUUCAGGCGAAAUUUUUGAUCAAAAUUCGAAUUGUAUUUUAAAAGAAAAAAUGAAUGAUAUUUUUAGUGAGAAGUUGAAUAACUUUUUUGGUGAACAAUCAAAUGAUAUUUUUGAUCAACAUAUAUAUAGAGAGAAUGUGUUGUUAAAAAUUAAUAAUUAUGAUGAAAAAAUAAUGAUAAGCGCAAAUUUAAUAUUAUUAAAUGUUUUCAUAAAAGUUAAUAUUUUACACUUUUAUUUUGAAAAUAUUAAUACUGAAAUGGUCUGUGAGAAUAAAAUAAUUGUGUAUAAUCCUUUUGAUAUACUUAUUAAUAUAAAAACCAAAUACAAUAAACAAUUUUUUGAAAUGGAUAAUAACAUUCUUAUAUCCCCUAAUGAAUAUAAAAUAAUUCCUGUUAAAUUUUUCGCCUGUGAAAAUACAAAUAUCAUAGAAGAAUUCAUUCAAAUAUACUUGGAUGACAAUAGAUUAUAUAAAAGUAUAAAAUGUAAAUGUUUUAUAAAUAAAUGUGAUUAUAAAGUUAAUUUAUCUCAGAUAGACUUUGAAAAUAUUCUUUUAAAUAGAAGUUACACAAAAGAUUUUUAUUUAAUAAAUACAAGUGAUUCAACACUUCUAUUUAAAUGUAUAUAUAAACCAAAUUGUAUAAAUGUAUUUUCUAAAUAUAACUAUGUAAAUAAAAACGAGAAAAUUAAAAUUACAGUUUUAUUAAAAUUAAAAGAAAAUAAAAAAAUUAAAGAUAAAAUUAUUUUCUUUAUUAGAGGUUCCGAAAAAUUAAUUAUACCUGUAAAUUCAAAGUGCACCUCAUCAAAUAUCUUAAUUAGCGAUAACAUACAUAUUGAACAGGAGAGUUGCGAAUUAAAAAAUUACGAAAUAAAUAUUUUAAAUAAAGGUUUAUGUGAGGAAACAAUUUUUUUAAAUUUAAAUGAACUAAAUUUUUUAAAUUUAAAAAUUAAUAAAAAAAAAAAAAAAAAUUUUUUAACAUACAAUAAUAAGGAAUAUAAAAAUGCUUAUGAGAAAAAUGAGAACAUAAUUUUCAGCAAAAUUUCUAUUUUAGAAUGCGAAGAUCUUUUAACAGAUGAAUGCAUAAAGUUUUUUUAUAACAAUUUUAUAAAACUAUACAACUUUAUUUCUAAUAAUAAAUAUAAAUUUGAUAUUCAUUUUUCAGAAAACGAAAAGUUAGUUUCAAAUUUUUAUAAAAUAAAUAUUCCAUCAAAAUGUUUUAUUUCUUUAUGUAUACAAAGUUAUUACAAUAAAGUUUUAUAUAAAGAAAUAACUUUUAAUAAUUUAUUACAUAAUAAAGUAUUAUAUGAAAAAAUUAAUGAAAAAAUCAAAGUAGAAAUAAAAAAUAGAUAUUUAAAUGUAUCUCCUUCUUAUCUAUAUUUCAGAGAUAUAUUACCAUCAAAUACUGAUAAAUAUUUUAUAAGUUAUUUUAAAAAAGAAAAAACAAAAACACUAAAAAUUAAAAAUGUUUCUGAUAAAAAUAUUGAAUGGAAAUUAUAUAUAUAUAGCGAAAAACAAAAAGAAAAAUAUUUUUUGGGGAAUAAUAUUAAUGAUGAUGAUAUAAAUGACAAAAUAUUACCGAUUAUAAAAGAUGAAAAAAAAGUAGAUAAAAAUAAGGAAAUAAAAGAACAAUUGUAUGAAAUAGAUAUAAGUAAGGAAUAUGGAUUAUUAGAAUCAAAUAAAGAAGAAGAAAUAGAGAUAAGGUUAAAAAAGGUUUUUAAUGAAGGAAGAUAUGUGGAAAUUUUGGGUAUUUCUAUCGUUUAUGUAAAUAAUGAUAUUAAUAAUGAAACAAAUGAAAAAAUUAUUAAAAAAAAUGAAAAAAAAAUAAACUAUUGUGUUUAUAUGCUUUUAAAUUGUAUAUGUCCUAAAUUAUAUUUUGAUGUUACUUAUAUAAAUAUAAUUCACAAUAAAUUAAACGAAUAUUUUAUUUUUCCUUUUCAUAUAUAUAAUUAUGGUUAUAAUUAUGUUAGAAUAGAUUAUCAUUUUGAUAAUUUAUAUGCUGAAAAUUUCUCUUUAACAUUAGAUUUUUUAGAAGGAAAAGAAAUUAAUGAGAAAAUAAAAAAGAUAAAUGUUUGUUUAAAAUGUAAAUCAAAUCAAAAUUUGAAAUUCAAAUCAUAUGUUUCAAUAAGUGUCUUAAAUCAUGAUAAGUAUACCAUACCAAUAUUUAUAAAUAUCGAUGAAAGUAUUGAUUAUUUUCUUGAUAAAAUAGAAGAUAAAAAUGAUUCAAAUUUAAAUGAAAUUCAUUUUUUAUCAAAGUCAAAUAAAUUGAAUCAUAAAAAAUUAGAAGAAAAUGAAUCAUCAUCAAAUAAUUUAUCUGAUUACCAAAAUAAUAAUGAUGAAACAAAUAUAAAAAAAAAAACUAUUUCUUCUUCUAUAGUUGAUAAUAAGAAUAUUUGCAAUGAUAAGGAUGAUUAUACUUAUUACGAAAAUAAUUUGUUAUCUUAUAGCUUUAAAAAUGAAAAUAAUUCUGUACUAUCUUUUUAUUGCAAUAAUAUAAAUAACACUUAUGAGAAUUCUAAUUUUUGUAUAUAUAAAGAAUUAAAAAUUAAUAAUAUAACGAAUGUUUAUUAUAAUGAAGAAAAAAAUAUAAUUGAUUUAAACGAAAUAAUUAACGAUUAUAUUUUUCUGUUUCUUCAAAAAAUUUUAUUAAAAAAAAAUUAUUUUCCAAAUGUAGUAGAAAAUACAAAUGAUUUAUUUAUAUUUUUUAUUAAUUUAAUGUCUGAUAUUUUUUUAUUAAAUCAAAAUAGAAAUAUACAAAAUAUACUUAAUGAACUAAAAUAUUAUCAAAAUAUUUCUAUGAACGACUUAGACAAAAUUCAGUGUAUUCAUGAAACUUUUUUAAAAAAUAUCAAAAGUGUUAUAAAAAAUUUAAAAGAGGAGGGUUUAUUAAUUGAUCAUAUAGUAUACGAAAAUCUACUACCAGUUGAUUUAUAUUUUUUUCAUAUUUUAGAUAAAAUACCAGAUUAUUUUUAUAUAAAAAAUAAUAAUAAUGAAGAAAAAAAAGAAAAAAAAGAAUAUCUAAAAAUUGAUGAAAUAGAAGAUUUUUUAAAAUGUGGGAAUGAAAAAGAUAAGAAAAAAAUAUUUUAUUUUGAUAAAAUUUUCAGAACACAUUUAAAAUUAUAUUCCUACUCUUGGUUGACUAUAUUUUUAGAAAUAUUAGAUAAAAAAGUAUUUAAUUCUAUCAACAUAACUUCUUUAAAUAAAUUGAGAGGAAUUAAAUUAUGCAACAUAGAGAACAUAGUAAAUGAAAACAUAAAAAUUCAUAAAAUAAAUUAUUUAAUUGUUUUAAAUAAUAAUAAUAAAGAGACCAACAAGCAUACUUGUUUACUUAAAGAAAAAACAAAAACAAAAGAAAGAAAAAAUACAAAAUUAAUUAAACUAUAUUCGAAAAAUAUCAACAAUGAAAAGGUAGAUAAUGAAAGAAUUAAAACAAAUAAAUAUAAAAAAAUUUUAUCAAGAAAUAGUGUAAAUGAUAAAUAUAAAAAAAAAAUAAAUAAUGAUGAAAAUGGUUGUGUGCUAAAUUACUUUGAUUUUCAUAAAAAUAAUUUCAUCGAUUUAAAAAAUAUUUUAAAUCAAAUUAAUAAUUUGAGCUAUUAUAAGGUAUAUAACGAAAAUAAAAAUGACAAAUUGUUAAAGGAGGAAAAUAUUAAAAAUUUUAAAAAUAAUAAAGUAGUAGUGGAGGGGAAAAGCUUAAAACAUCAUAAAAAUGAGACAGAAAAAGAAAAGAUAAAAGAAUUCUUAUUUCAGAAUGAAAUAACAAAAGAACAAAAAAAGUUUAACAAUUCUAAAAAUUUUGAAUAUAUAUUAUUUGAAUGGUUAUAUUUUCAUUAUAAUAAUAUUAAAUAUAUAAAAAUGAGGGAUUUCAAGUAUAUAUAUAAGGGAGAUGUAAUUAAUGAAAAUAAUAAUGGUGAUACAUAUCACAAAUUAGAUAAACAUAAUUUUUAUAUACAAAAAAAAAAAAAAAAAAAAUACAUAAAAAAAAAAAGAAAAAUAACAAGUAUAUAUGAUUUGAAAGAUUUAGUAAUAAUUAUUUAUACAAUAAUUUCUCAUAUUCCUUACUAUUUAUUUUUUAAAAAUAAAAUAAAAAAAAAUUGUAAAUCUAAAAAAGAUUAUAUUUAUAAUAUAGACAUAUUAUUAUUAAUUCUUAAUGAAAUUAAAUUAAAUAAUUUAAUAAAUAGAAAAAUAUUAAUUAAAUUUAAUUAUAUACAUAUUUUUUUAUUUUUAGCUUCUAUAUAUUUUAUAUUACCUAAUUAUAUACCUAAAUUCUAUUUAAUUAUAGAUGAUUUUUCUUCAUAUAGAAAUGAUGUAAAUUUUAUAAAUGAAGAAAUUCUAAGAAAUAAAAAAAAAAGAAAAAGUAUUCGUAAUGAUAAUGUAAAUGAAAAAAAGGUACUUAAUAGUGAAGUAAAAGAAAAUGAAAGAAUAAUAACAAUAUAUAAUUUAAAUAAUUAUAAAUGUAAAUAUAAUAUAUUCCUAGUUGGGUGUAACAAAUAUCAAAUUGAUAAAAAUUAUAUCAUUAUUGAUUCACUGAAAUCAGAAGAAAUUAAAUUAAAAAUAAAUGAAAAUUAUAAUAAAAAUAUAUUUAAUUGUAAUUAUAACACAAAAAUAAACAUUUCAACAUCUAAAAAUAGAAAAAAAGAAGAAAAUCAUGAUUAUAAGACUAAUUUUGAUGAGUACAGUUCUUUCACAACACUUUCUUCUAGUAAUUAUGAAAGUUCUAAGGAUGAGAAUGAAGAUAAAAAUGAAGGAGAAAAUGAAAGUGAAAACGAAGAAAUUGAUGAAAGUAGUAAUGACGAAAAUUAUUUUAGUAAAACUGAAAAUUACACUGUACUAAUUCUACGUGAAGAAGAUAAUUACUUACCUGAUGAAAAAAAUGAUGAAAAAUAUAUUUGUAUCAAAUUGAUUGAAAAGGAUUUCAUAGAAAAGGAACAAUUAUAUAUGAAUGAAAAUAAUUUAAAAGAAAAAACUUAUUAUUGCAAUAAUUUAAAUGAUAUAAAUGACUCAAAAAACAGCAAUGAAAUAAGUAAAAUAUGGUCUAAUUCUUCUCAAUUAAAUAUAAUGUUAAAUAAUAGUGAAAUAAAAUAUUUUAAUUUCAGAGGUAAAGUUUAUGAAAAUAAAAAUUUAGAAAUCAAUUUAUUGAAUGAUACUAAUAGAAAAGUAGAAAUUAAUUCAAAUAUAUAUCACUUAUAUUUAAAAGAUUUAAAAAAAGAAAAAAAAAAAAAAGAAACAUUCGAAAUAGAUAUAAAUAUUAUAAAUGAAAAAAAUAAUGAUUUAUAUAAUCAAUGUGAUGUUUGCUCUUUAAUUAAUAAAAAUAUAAUAAAUAAUUUGAAUCAAGAAGAAAAAUAUUUUAGCUGCUUUUAUAUAGAUAAUUUCUCCUACUUCAGUAAAGAAAAUGAAAAAAAAAAAUUACAAUUAUAUUUCUCUCCUUUUGUAAGUGGCUAUUAUUUUUGCUUUUUAUUAUUUUACGUUAAAGAUAGAAAGACAAAAUUCCUUAUUUCAACUUGCAAAUUGAAUUUUUUAUUUUAUAUAAAUAAUAUAAAAGAAGAAGAAACAAUUAAAAUGAAUCCUGAACUAACUAGCUUUUUUUAUGAUUUAAAAUUAUGUCCUGUUAAUAAAGAAUUUCUGAAAUGUAUAAAAUUCAUAUUAUGUAAUUUAAAAAAAAAGGAUGAGAAAUUAUUUCACACAUAUUUAAAAAGUUAUUUAGAAGAUUUAAACAGAUACAAAAAUAAAUUUUAUAUUAUAUGUGAUAGUGAUAAAAUGACAAUAAAGGAAAGUUCUAUAUUAUUUGACAAUUUUAACCCUAAUAAAUAUAUGAAAGAAAUUCACAAAUUAAAUAUAGACAAUUUAUAUAAUUUAAUUAAAGACGAUAUCAAUUGUUAUUGCACUCUGAAUAUAAAAGAAGAGAUUAAUGGUGUAUUUGAAUAUAACUGUAUUCUUUUAAAAAAAAAAAAUAACUUUUCCAACUCAUUAAAUUAUAAAGAAAUUAAAGAUGUUUAUUUUAAAGAGAAAGGUAAUAACAUGGAUGAUAAUUACUAUAAGUUAUAUAAAAUUAUAGCAAAUGUUAAUAAUAGAAGUAAAUUAAUAACAAUUACUUUUAAUACAAGAGCAUUUUUUUUAUCAAAGAAAAAUGCACCAUUAUAUAAUUACACUAAUUCUAAUAUUAUUUAUAAAUGUGAAUAUUCUGAAAUAGUAGAUCAAAAUAAUAAUAAAAUAGAUUAUAAAAUUUUUAAUAGCGAGGAUCAUAUUGAGAUUAGUAAAGAUGUAGAAACUUUUCAUUUUGAAGUGACGUGUUAUUCCGUUAUAUCAGUAAUUUGCAGUUGUUUUUUAAUUUUAACUAAUAUAAAAAAUGAAGAAGAUCAAAUAAAAAUUAAAAUAGAAGCAAACAUUUCUAAGCCUUUUCCUAAAGAAAUACUAAAAGUAAAUUUAUUAAAUAGGAUGAAAAAAAAUGUGCAAAUUGAAAUUUAUAACGAAUUAGAUUUUCAUUGUGAAUUUAAAAUUUAUUCUGAUUUAUCUAUUUUGUUUGGUGAUAAAACCAUUGAAAUGCUACCAAAGCAAAAAAAAGUUUAUAAUUUUUUUAUUGAAAAUGUACAUAUAGGAGAAUUUGUUGGUUGUCUUAUUUUUAAAUUUUAUAAAUUUAUUGAUAAAAGUAAGCAAAAUAAUUUUUAUUUUGAUUAUUUUUUUUGGUAUAAAAUUAUAAUAAAUAUUGAAUUAAGUGAACCAUUAAAAAUUUUAUUCCUUGAAACAUUUAUUGGGGACAAGAUAAACAAAGAAAUUGUAUUAAAAAAUAAUGGGAAUAAAAAAGAGGAAUACUUUUUAUUAACUUAUAUGAAUGAAUAUAUAGAAAAAAGACAAAUUGAAAUACAAAAAAACGAAAUAUAUGUUUAUAGCAUUAAUUACAAGCCAAAGAUACCAAAUUAUUUUGAAAAUAUAAAUCCAUCAAACAAUUCAAAUUUAUUUUCAACCGAUGAUAUUGUAAAUAUAUCAUCAAAUAUUAAUGAAAAUGAUUCCCCUAAAGAUUCUUCAGUAGUUUCAUUUAAUGAAAUAAAAAAUGAAAAUAACACAUUUAAUGAUGUGAAUUAUAUCCUUAAAGAAAAAAAAAGUACGACAAAUCAAGAUAUGAAUACAAAUAUUGCAAAAGAACUUUAUAAUUUUUAUUAUCCAUCUAUUGAAGAAGAAUUAAUAAAUGAUAAAAAUAAUGAUUUAAAAGAAGAAAUGAAACGUUUUGAAAAUUUACAAAAAAAACAUGAAAAAAAUAUUGAUACAGUAAAAAAUAUGAAUGACAAGAAUUAUAUAUAUGAUGAGAAUAUAAAUAAAAGUGAAUUUUUAACACAGAAAUCUAAAAAUUAUUUUAAACAGAAUGAGAAACAAAUAUUUGAAGAAUUAAUUAAUUAUUGUAAAAAAUAUAUAAAUAUAGAUGUUAAUUAUAGUAAUCAAAACAUUGGAUUCUUUUUUAUAUAUAAUGAAAAUGAGGGAAUAAAUUAUUACAUUUUAAUAUUAUUAGCAAAAUUAAGAAAUAUAUUAGCAAUAUGUAAUUUUUCAACUUGCUUUUCUAAAUCGUGCUUAAUAAAUAUUGAUUUCGAUUUUAAUUAUGACAAUAAAAGAUUUGUUAAUCAGUUAAAUACAAAUAAUUCUACAUAUUCAGAUAAUUUCUAUUAUAAAAUAGUUGAAAGUGCAAAUAGGGAUAUAAAAAAGGAUUUAAGUAAAAAUAACUUUACAUAUAAUCAUGAUGAUAAUAAUAAUAAUGAUAUUAUAAGCAAAUUAUGUAAUUUUGAAGAUAAUAAUGAUAAUAAAUAUCCAUCAAAUAUAGAUAACGAAAUAAUAACUAAUUCAGAAAAUAAAUGCAUUUAUUUAAGUAAUAAGAUUAAUUAUAGUAUUAUUGAAGAUAAAAGUAAAAAUAAGAUAAUUAUUAAAUACCAACCAUCAUUAAAAACAUCACAAGAAUGUUAUUUUAUAGUAAGAAAUAAUUUGUUUGGUGAUUUUAUAUAUUUAAUAAAAGGAUCUUAUAUUGUUAAGAGAAAAAUAAAAGAAAAGAUAGUUAUAAAUAAUUCAUGUUGCUUAUAUCAUUUUAACAUAGAUUUAUUUAAUCCAUUCAAUUGUAACAUACUUAUAAAAUGCAAAUUAAAAAAAAAAAAGACAAAUUAUUAUAAAAACAUUAUGAAUAAUGAUCCUUAUAAUAAUAUUCUUACUAAUGAAUAUAUAGAAGAAAAAAAAAAAAAAAAAAAACAUAAUUUCGCUAUAAGAAAAGAGAAGGUUCUACUGAAUAAUGAAAAUAAUUAUUUUAAAAUGUUAAGUAACGAAAAUUUUAAGAUAAAAGAUAGAAAAAAUUUUUCUCUAUUAAUAAAAUUUUUUUGCAAAAAUAUUCAUUCAAAAAAAAAUUUAAUAAUAAUAUUACAACCAAUACAUAAAAAUAAAAAUAGGAAGAAAUUAUUUUCAAUUAUUUAUGAAUAUAUUUUAUCUUUUAAUAAUAUAUCAAAACAAAAUAUUUUUAAGGAAUUAUGUUUAUUAGAUGAUAAUAAUAAUUUUAAUAUUCCUGACCAAAAUGAAAAGCUAAAAAUAAACAAAAAUUAUUUUUCAAAAAAUAUGUUGUCACAUAUAUCAAUGACACACACAGAAACCAUAAAUUUUAAUCAAGUUGAAUAUAAUAAAAAAAAUGAAAUAUAUGAGAAUGAAGAAGGUUUAGUAGGAGAAAAUAUGAAAGCAAUAGAUAUACACACAGAUGUAUCACAUGAAGAAGAAUUAAAUGAAAAUGAAUUCAGUAUGAGUGAAUCUAGUAUUAAUGAGUCUAGUAAUAUUGAAUCUGAAAAAAGUAAAUAUAAUACAUAUACAUUUAAUAUUGAUGAAUUAAGUAGUGAUGAAUUAUAUGAAAAUGAAUAUAAAAAAAAUUAUUCUUACGAGAAUGAAUUAAAUACAGAAGAAUCAAGUUAUAAUGAAUCAAUCGAUGAAAAAUUAAUAUUUUAUAAAGAAAACAAGAAAACAAUAAAGGAAAAUUACAACUUUUUAAAAGAUGAAGACAAAAUAAUGUAUCAUAAUGAAAAAAAUUAUAUUGAGAGUUUAUGUAAAAAAAAGACAUACGUAAAAAUAUAUAUAGAUAAAAGAAAAAUGAGAAAGAGAGAAGAUUAUAAAAUUUUAUUAAAUGAGUUAGAAAAUUCAAAAAAGAAAAUGUUACAUAGAAAUAUUGAAAAAAAUAAAUGCAUUUAUAAAAUUUUUUUAAUAAAUUUAAAUAAUUUAAAUAAUUCUAAUGAUAUGAAAAACAACACAAACAUUAAAAUCAGUAAUAUAUUUUUUGAUAUAGACGAAGAAUUAUUAAAUGAUUAUUUAUAUGUUGAUAUAAUAAAAGACACUGAAUUUUCUCUAGUAAUGAGUUUAGAGUUAAUAGCAUAUUUACCUUUUCAUUGUAACUUCUUUAUAAUGAUUAAAAAAAUAAAUAUAGAAAAUGAAGAAAAAGAAAAUGUGGAAAUGUGUGAAAAUGAAAAAAAUGAAUUUACAAUUAUAGAAAAAAAUUUUGUUCUUAUAGAAAUUUUUAAUUAUAUUAAUUUAUCUAGAAAAUAUCUGAAUGUUUUUAUUGAUAAUAAUUUAUACUCAGAAACAAAGUUAAAUAUUUUUUACAAACAUACUAGUGAUUCAUAUUUUGAUGCAUAUAUUAUUAAUUAUAAUCAGCUUUGCAAUUAUUUAUUAAAAGAUGAAAUAAUAAAUUAUGAGAUAAAACCGAAAUCUGGAAUAUUAAAACAUAACAAUUAUAAUCAAUUUUUAAUUACUAGAAUUAAUAAAAAUAAUAUAAUAAGUUUUAAUAAUUCUUUUUUACUUUUAAUUAAAACAAAAAAAAAAAUUCAUUCAUACAUAAUAUUUUCUCAUUAUUCUCCCAUUAAUGAUAUUUACACAAUGUAUGAGCAAAAUAAAAUAAAAGAAAUAAUGAAUGAAAAUAAGAAAAAAUUCAGUGAAGUUUUUAAUACAUUUAGACAGGAUAAAAAGGAAAGUAGGAUAUUUAAUGAAAGAGAUCAAAUUAUCAUUGAGGAUAUUUCUAAAUCAACAAAUGAAAUAAAAAAUUUUUAA